GCCGCGGGCAUGAAGGAGGCGGCGGCAGCGGGCGGCCCCCCCUUCUGCAGCCGCCUGAACCAGUCGUCCCUGGGCCCAGGGGGGGCCAAUGACACGGACGGCCGGUGGGAGGCGGCUGGGGAGCACUGCGGCUCCGUGUCGGUGGCCUACUCCAUCUCCAUGAUGCUGGCGGGCCUGGCGGGCAAUGCACUGGCCAUGCUCCUCGUGGGCCGCAGCUACCGGCGCAAGGAGAGCCGGCGCGGCCGCGCCUUCCUGCUGUGCCUGGGCGGCCUGGCGCUCACCGACAUGACGGGCCAGCUGCUCACCAGCCCCGUGGUCAUCGCCGUCUACCUGUCGCGGCGGUCCUGGAACCAUCUCGACCCGUCGGGCCGCCUGUGCACCUUCUUCGGCCUCUCCAUGACCAUGUUCGGCCUGUGCCCACUCUUCCUCGCCGGCGCCAUGGCAGUCGAGCGCGCGCUGGCCAUCCGCGCGCCGCACUGGUACGCCGGACACCUGCAGGCCCGCGCCGCCCGCGCCGUGCUGCCCGCCGUCUGGCUGGCCGGGCUCGCCUUCGCGCUGCUGCCAGUGGCUGGCGUGGGCCGCUACAGUGUGCAGUGGCCCGGGACCUGGUGCUUCAUCAGUCCCGGAGCGGCGAGCGGCUCCGGCCGCGGGGACGUCUUCUUCGCCACCACCUUCGCCUGCCUGGGCCUCGCCGCGCUGGCCGUCACCUUCGCCUGCAACCUGGCCACCGUCGCGGCGCUCGUGGCCCGCUGCCGCGCCAAGGCCGUGGCUGCCCCAGCCGGCGCGCGCUGGGGCCGCAUCACCACCGAGACGGUCAUCCAGCUCCUGGGAAUCACGUGCGUCCUCUCCGCCUGCUGGACCCCCCUCCUGAUUCUGAUGCUGAAAAUGAUCUUCAGCCACACCUCGAUGGACCACUGCAAGACGCUGGGCUUCCACGGAGAGAGACCCAAGGAGUGCGACUUCUUCUUGACGGCCAUCCGCCUGGCUUCCCUCAACCAGAUCUUGGACCCCUGGGUCUACCUGCUGCUCCGCAAGAUCCUCCUCCGGAAGUUCUGUCAGGUCACACACUAUGCAAAGGAGGCCAGGUCCGGCUCCAUGUCCCUGCCUCAUCCUCAUCGGUGCACCUCAGCCUUGAUGUGGACUGACCACUUCUAGAGAGUGUGCUCGGUCCCUUGGAAGUGCUUGGAGCUGUCCACAUCACAUUGUGCAGGACUGCUUUGAGAAAACAAAUCUGGAAAACAAGAAUGGCCGGAUACCUCUCGUCCCCCAGCUCGAGCUCGCUGACCUUUGUCUCAGGGGAAGCAGGGAAGGUGGAGGCAAACACUCAGAUCAAAUAACCCGCAGUGACAGGAGAGAGGACAAGCAAGGAAGCUGGAUGAGUAAAGGCAGGAAAGAGGGAAAGCCGGAGAGAACCAAGGAGGAGUCAAGUCUAACUGGAACAGCUAAGAUGGGCCAAGGGAAGCCCAGCAAGAGGGACUUGAAAGUGCCCAUAGAAUACAUUAGUCAAUAAACAUUUAUUUAGCACCCAGAUGUGCCAGGCACUAUCCUAGGUGCUGAGGACACAGAGAAAGGUUUCAAGGGCUGCAUAGUCGAAUGAGAGACAACACGCAGACAACUGUGUGUGAACAAAAUAGAAAAGCAUCUGGGAAGGGUUUUGGCCAAGGUGGGGCAACCAUGGAUCCAAGAUGGAGAGCUCUGGGGGACCCCAGAGGCCUUUUGAGCCCUCAUUUUACAGAUGAGGAAACAGAGCAAGGGAGGGGAAGCUGCUCGCCCAGAAGGGUGCUGGUAAUAAGCCCCAGAGGAGUCCUGUGCCUCUAGUAAUCUAUAUUUAGACAAUCUGGAAAGGACCUUAGAGGCCAUUGAGUCCAACACCCUCAUCUUACAGAGUCCAGUAACUUGUCAUGUCAUCGAUAUAGUGUCAGAUACAGCAGUGUGCGACAUUCUGCAUCGCGUCAUGCCAGAGUUGUUCCUGAUGCUUGAAUCAGGUUCUAGAAUGAGAUUUUGGAUUUCAUAUUUUAUUAUUUCUCUGAAUCUGUGAUAUUCUCAAAGGGGGUGCUCCUUGUAUGGAGAAGGAUCGCAAGCCUUCUGUCUCUGCUCAUCUUGCAUGAUUCAACAUGGCUUCCAUAGGGGUUUAGGAGGUAAAGAGUGUGGUAAGUAUUUAGCAACUUGCAGGACCUACUUUUAAGUUUAAGCUGCAUUAUUCCCAUUUUCUCCAUCUCUUUCUUUUAUUUUUGAAAUCUUUACCUCUUGUCUUAGAAUCUAUACUGUGUAUUCCAAGGCAGAAGAGCAGUGUGAGUUAAGCAAUGGGGGUUAAGUGACUUGCCCAGGGUCACACAGUUAGGAAGUGUCUGAGGAUAGACUUGGAACCAGGAUUUCCUGUCUCUAGUCCUGGCUCUCAAUCCACCAUACCACCUAUUUACCCUCCUCCAUCAUUUUCUUAAGCAGACAAUCAACAGAACAAUAAAUGAUGCCCUGAUUUAUAGUAUUUGCAAUGAGAGCUGGGAGUGCUCUAGCACCCAUACCUGCCCCACCCCCCGCCUAACAUCCCCAACCUUUCUUCCUGGUUCUCUUACUAUCUCCCAGUUACCAUGGCAGCACUCAGGUGUCCUCUGUUAUCACUCCCAUGAGCCCCCAGUCUCUGCUCCUCUUUAUAAUUGUCUUUGAUGCUAUCUUUCCUUCUUGGAUUAGUUCAGAACAGGGGAAAUGUUGCCCUGUUCUCUUCUCCACCAUAUGUUUUCCUCCUGCCCUUUGGGCUACCUGCAAGAGAACUCUCCUGACUUGUUAGGGUUUUCAUGAUUCAGAGCUAUGUGGCUUUACAGAAAGAAUACAGAUGUUUGAAAAAAUGGGUUCUGGCAGCAACAAGCAGCAUAUUAUUAAAGACACUUCCUGAGUCCCAAGAGGGAUGCUGUUAGUGAUCUCUUCCUUCGAUUUGGGUCCCAGCUCAUCAUCCAUCAGCAGUGCUCCUCCAGGACUGAUAAUGGACCACUGAUGGACCACUGGAGACCCAUAAUCUCAAUGGUCUGUUUCACUCAUUGUAGGUUACACUUCAGACAAAUAUAUACAUUUUUUGAAGUGUGAUUUCAUUGAGAGAGGGCACUUCCAGUGAGCAAACUGUUUCUGCCAAUGCAAAUGGGAACCUCAUUUGUAACUCAUUACCAUAGAGAGUUGCUUGAGGCGCUGGGAAGUCACACAAGCAGUACAAGCUAGAGGUGGGCCUUGAACCUAGGUCCAAGGUUGGCUCUCUGUCCCCAAGCUGCCAUAUGCAUAAAUAUCAUGUUAAUACCAAAAUAUGUGGGAAAAUCUCACCAGUGUCAAGGUGUUAAAAAGGCAGCAAUAGCAUUGAAAGAACAUGGAAGGCUUCCUAGCUAUGUGACCCUGGGCAAGUCACUUUUCCUCCAUUGCCUAGCCCUUACCACUCUUCUGCCUUGGAACCCAUCAUACUUGGGAUAGAUCCCAAGACAGUAGAUAACGAAUUUAAAAAACAGAAAGAACAUGAAAGAAAUGAGAACAGUAUGAUGGGAAGACAUGUCAAUGCACAUGUGUGAUGGAACAAGAAAAAUGGAAAAAGGGAGACUGAGACAAUCUGAUUACUAUGAAAGAUGUUCAAACAAUCAGUCACUUCUUUGAUGAGAAUUUUCCAAGUGCCUCCUGUGCGUCUAGCACAGUGCUAGGUUCUGGGGCAGAGAGGAGGGCAAAAACAUGGUCUCAGGCUUUGGGAGACAACACUGAAACAAUUACAUAUGAUAAGAUGCACCCAGGACUGAUUGGAGGUAAUCUCAGAAGGAAGGCACAGGAGGAAGAGGAAAGAGCUCUUGAAGCAGGUAGUAAUUGAGCUGAGGCCUGAAGGAAGCCAGAGAAGCCAGGAGGCUGAGAUGUAGGGAGUAAGGCAGAACCCUAGAAGGAACAAGUUGCAGGGGCCUUAGAGAUCAUCUAAUUCUAACCCCCUCAUUUUCCAGAAGCAGGUACUGAAGCCUGGAGGAGGGCCCCCCUAUAGCAACCAGCUAAGCAAUAAGAAGAAUCACUCAAUCAUCCAAGUUUGAACAGACAAUUCUAGAAGCAGAUAAUUCAAAGUCUAAAUGACUCUUCAAUUUUUUAAUACUGGGCAAUUAGAUUUGCUGUGUAGAUGAUUGCUCCAACCCACCAUCUGGCCUGGCCAACAGAAACCUAGCCUAGCUUCCCAUUUAAUCGUGAUGGGAACUAUCCCCCAGCAUAAGCAGAGAGGACAGUGUCCCUGGGGUGACAAUGGAGAACUAAGGAAGAAAGAGUAGACCAAAACCUUUUUUUCAGCUUCUAGAAAGGCCUCUUCAAUUCUUUUAAUUUGGGAAAGAAGGAAGCCCUGCUAUGAAAUAACAUCUCAGGUGAUCUCAGGUGCUGUCCAGCACUUUUCUGGCCAAUGACUGUCACACUCUUGGGGCUCCCAUUGUAUCAUUGUAGCCAAGGUCAGGAAUAUAGUGAAGGUAACAAGGAUGCAUCAACACAGGGAGAUGGAAAGUGGAAGAAUCACUGAAAUGAUGCUGACUGAAAUUGGUAGCAUCUCAAGAGCUGAAAGGCAGUCAAUCUAUCAGUCAGCAUUUACCAUGUACCUACUGUGUGUGAAGCACCAUGGUAAGCAUUGGUCAAACUGAAAUGUGCCUACCUAUAGCUUUCAGCCAUUGUCCUAGUCUAGAUCUCGGAGGAGCAGGAGAAUAAGUUACUCCCUUUUGCUUUAUUGUCUUAAAACUUUAUGGGCAGAAAUGAUGUCCCCACUGCCCCAAGUCUUCUCUUCUCCAAACUAAAUAUCCCAGAUUCCUUCAACAAAUCCUCCUAUGGCAUUUCCUCCAGUCCUUUUCAGUCUGAUCUUCUGGAUAUAUUUUGGGUUCUCAUUGACCUUCCCAAGCUGUGGAAACCAAAUUUGAGUACAACAUUCCAGAUGGAGUCUGACAAGGACACAGAACAGAGGGACUAACCCUUUUGUUCUUGCAUUCUCUGCCUGUCAGGGCAGGCUAGAACCUUAAUGACAUUUUGGGCUUUCAUUUUAUUCUCUCAGAGCAUAUUGAUGCUGAAGUCCACUAAGCCCCCCAGAUCUCUUUUCACAGGAAGAGUCAUUCAACCAUAGUUUCCUUGACUCUGUGUCUGGGAAGUUGAUUUUUUUUAAACCCAAACAUAGAACUUUUAUUUCUAUUAAGCCUCAUUUUCUUGGUUUUAUCUUAUGGUUUUAAGGCAAAAGUAAGGGAAUAAGGGAAAACAUUUAUUAAGCUCCUAUUAUGUGCCAGACUCUAUGAUAAGAACUUUUCCAUAUAUUAUCUCAUUUGAUUCUCACAAAGCCUGUGAGAUGGGUGCUAUUGUUAGCCUUGUUUAAAGUUAAGGAAACUGAGGCAGAUAAAAGUUAAGUGACCUGCCCAGGGUCACACAUCUAGGAAGUAUCUGAGACUAGAUUUGAAUUCAGACCUUUCUGCUCUAGGUCCAACUCUUUAUCCACUCUGGCCCCAUCUAGCUGUCCCAGCAGCCCUACAAACAACACAUGAGGAGUGUUCAGUGUGCCCAUGGAGCAUACCUGUCCUAUGAUCUUGGACAAGCCCUAGGUCACAUAACUAAGAAGUGUCUGAGGCCAAAUUUGAACCCAGGACCUUCUGUCUCUAUGUCUGGCUCUCAAUCCUCUGAGUCACCUAACUUCCCUAUGGAUAAAUAUUUGAUCUGGGAUCUGACUAGCUCCAUAUCUAAGGCAGACUAUGAUUUCUAUCUUUGUGGAGAAUAGGAGAAGGGUGUGCUGGGGGUGCUAGAAGCUAAAUGGGGAAUGAGGAAGGCUGGGUCCAAGAUGGCCACAGCAGAAUGUUCUUUCCUUCAUUUUCUACAUCUCACUACCACAUGUGAAAUCUCAGUAGUUGAAGUGUGUAAUUCCAAAGGGGUUUAGAAUAAAGGACAUUUUUCCUAAUGACUCUCAAGGGGGAGAUAACACUUCCCUUCCCCUCUCGCCAGCCUGACUCCCUCCCACUAAACAUUUAUUCCACAAACAAAAGUUAUAGCUGGCCAGCAAGUCUCUUUCUCCUAGUAAACAGUAAACAGAAAUCAGGGAAGUCAGACAAAUUAAAGCAGACCAAUGAAUAUGUAAGAGAAGAUGAGCUCUUUGGAGGGAAACAAGCUAAGAUCUCAGCUCAAGCAAGGAGAGAGAAAAUGCUCUCACUGGGCAGCAGUCUGCUCUUAGCAAUAUCUGGGGCUGCAGGCAAUGGGAAUUAGAAAACAUGGCUGAUGCUGCCUUUCUCACAGACAGACCUCUGGGGCAAUAUCUCAUCCGUCUUCCAGAAGCCCACGUGUCCUUCCCUGAAAUAUCUGGCUCCUAUUCGGAGAAGCAGCAUUAUGCCUCAGUGAUCUGAGACUACAAAGCCUCAUGUGUAAUGGGAUGGAUCAGCGAGAAAGUUAUACACAAAUAUUAUAUGUAUAUAUACAUAUAUAUAUAUUUGGGGAAACCACAUCUGAUUUCAUCAUGAAGGGAAAUGUGAUUAAUGAAGCUUCUAACCGUGCAGCUCCCCAAUUAUUCUUCAACUUAUAGUCUUACAGAGAUAGUUUCUUAGGGACCCUGAGAGGUUAGAGGACUUACUGAGCCAUUAUGAGAGGCAAUUGUGGCAUGAUGGAGAAAACUGGCCUCAGAGUUCAAAAGACUUAAAUUUCAGUUCUGCUUGGACACCAAGCACUGACCCUAGCCCAUUGAGAGAAGAGACAGGGGGGAAAGAAGAGGGAGAGAGGGAGAGAGACAGAGAGACAGAGACAGAGACAGAGACAGAGACAGACAGAGAGAGAGACAGAGACAGACAGAGACAGAGAAAGAAGGAGAGACAAGGAGAAAAAAAAGAGAUGGGGGAGAGAGAGACAGAGAGAAAAAAGAGAGAGACAGAGAGGGAGAGAGAGAAAGAGAGUUAAAGAGAGAGAAGGAGGAAGGGAGGGAGAGAGAGACAGAGAGAGAGACAGAGACACACACACACACACACACACACACACACACACACACAGAGAGAGAGAGAGAGAGAGAGAGAGAGAGAGAGAGAGAGAGAGAGAGAACUAAAUUUAUGAAGUUCUUUGAACAAGGGUGACCUCAAAGGGAUAUAAGUAGAUGAUUGUUUUUUAGCAUAGUAAACACAAGAUUUGGGUUCUUUGGGAGAUGGGGGAGAUGCAACUUGCAGCCGGAGGUUCUACAUAUAUAGUUCAGUUACUCCACAUAUACAGGCCCUUCAGAUCCAGUAAAAACAUUAUGAGCUCCCCAUUGUCUUGGCUUCAUAAUAGUGUCAGUUCAAUUUCAGAACAAACUGCCACUUCUAGGAACUCUUCUGACAAAUCCAAGUUCAGCCCUUUGGAGUGGCCCAAUAUUGGCAGCAGCAUCACUUAAUUGUCUAUGUUUAUUGAACACUAAAGACCGCUUUUUAGUUUCAAUUCUUCACCAAGUUUCUGCUAGUUCUUUCCUCAAGUUCUGCUUUUCAUUUUCUCAUUCUGCUUAUGGCCUCCUUUUUUACUUUUUUAAUUUUUGGUUGAGAAAUGCAAUCAACAAUUUGUAGUCAUGUGCUUUUUUUCUCAGAACUUAUGCAAUGUUUUUCAGAAAAACAAACCAAAUGUGGAGCACAUUUUCAAAGGUCUUAUUGUGCCCAAAUCAACACUAUCUUCUACUUCUGUUCCUAUGUCUUAUAGACUUGGUAGGGGGUAAAAGGGCAGCUAGGUAGUGCAGUGGAUAGAAUGCUGGCCUUGGAAUCAGGAAGAUCUGAGUUCAAAUUUGACCUCAGGCACUUAACAAGCUAUAUUGCGUUAGGCAAGUCAUUUAACUGUUUGAUUUGGUAUCCCCAUCUGUAAAAUGAGCUAGAGAAGGGAAUGACAUUUAACCAUUCUAGUAUCUUUGCCACAGGUCACAUGCUAUGAAGUCACAGAGGGCCAAACAUGGCUGAAAUGACUGAGCAGUAAUAGAAUGAAAUAAUGUAAUGAAAGGCUAUUACAAAACUAUGUCCAUAGCUAAGUAGAUCACUCAUUUGGAGGAGACCUGAAUUCACUGGACCACAUUUCUAAAAAUGCUAUUCAUGGGAAAUAGCUUUGAUAGCAUUCAUAUCUUUCUAAGGUACAAUCCAUCAGCUAGUAUAUAUUAAGCAUCUACUACUAUGUUGGGUACCAUGUUACAUGAUCAGAAUUCAAAGAGCUCCUGUUCUCAAGGAGCUUACAUUCCAUCUAAAGAAACAAUGCAAAUAUAUUUAAGAAGAUACAAAAUACAUAGAGAAAAGGUCCAAAAGAAUUUGAAAGAGAUACUGGUAGCUGCAGGAGUUAGGAAAAUCCUGUGUAGAAAGUUGAGCUUGAUCUGGACUUUGAAGACAGAAGUUUUAAAAAGCAAGAGCAAGAAUGAGGGGCUACACACACACACACACACACACACACACACACACACACACACUUAAAAUAACUCUUCCUGUGGUGCAAAAAUUCUUAUCAUUUUCUGGCUCAUGGGGUUUGGCAGUCUGUUAAAGCCAAUGGUUCUCUUCUCAGAAUAAUGCAUGAAUUAGGGUUAAGAUGACAUCAGCUAUGUCAAAAUUAAAAUAGAAUUUUUCUCCCACCCAAGUUUAUGAACCCCCUGACAUCUGCCCCCAGAGGUUUGUGGAUUCCAGGUCAAGAACUUCAAUAGAAAGAAGACCUUCAAUGGCUAAGAAGGAAGUAGUGUCUUCUAUGGAGCUAUCCAUGGUGGUCUUUGGAUAAGUAAGAUGAGUGGGAUCCAUGGACCAAGAUUGUCCAGCAAUGGGCAAGGAAAGAAGGGAAUUCAAUCUCAUUUAAUUCAGCAAAGGUUCAUUAGACACUUACAGUUAUACAAGACACACGAGAGUCUGUAAGGGGGACUGAAUAGAGAGCCCAUCAAGAAGAUGAGGAUUCAAGGUCUGCCUCUUUCUACUCACACGCACUGUGCCAUUGGACAGCUCCACACUUUAGAAAGCUCUUGAAUGGUUACAGAGCAGAUGCCAAAUUGCUUUGGAAGAGCGAAUUUGUCACCAAUAGCUCCUAAUACAAAAGAAAUCAUAGAUCCAGUUUAAAAAAAGUUCAAGUGAUAUGCUAUGCUGACCAAAGAAACUAAUGAGAUCCUUGGCCAAAUGAAAAGAAGCAGAAGUAGGGGAAGAAGGAGGUGAUAGCCUCUCUGUAUUCUGCUAAGUUUGGACCACUAAGUUCUUCCUGGCAUGCCACAGGUUAAGGCAUUGAAUAACAUUCAAGGAAGUGAAUGUUAUACUACAUAUUCCGGAGGGGGUGGGGGGGAGUUUAGGAGUCAUACCUUGAAGAGCAAAAAGCAACGGAAAUACCUGGCAUUUAUAUAAUGGUUUCAGAUUUGCUAUUUGUUCCUCACACAACAACCCUUUGAGGUAAUUGCUAUUAGUGUCCCUAUUUUACAUUUGAGGAAACUGAGUCAGACAGCGGUUAGGUGAAUUGCCCAGGGUCACACAGAUUGGAAAAUCACUUGGAUUUUAAUUCAAAUCUUCCUGCUUUCCUGAGCCCUGUGUCCAGGGCUCUAUCCACUCAGAUGAGGAACCAAGUGUCAUCCUUCUAGAAUGCCCAACCCACUCUUGAAUAGCUCUGACCUACAAUUAGAAAGUGUAUCCUUGACUUGUGAGCUUUGAAAAUGAGAUGCUGGACUUGUUCUUAGAGACAGAAUCAAGUUCUGAGUGGUCCAGAGUCACCAUGCUCAUGAGUCCUCUCUGUUCUGCAUUGUAUAUGGAAAUGCUCACCUAAUUUGAUACUAGUUAAGUUGAAAAUAAAAAUGUAAUUUAAAAAAGAGAAUCUUCUGUCCUCUCCAGUCUAAAAUGAGCCUCUUUGUGAUCCAGGUUCUGUCCUGAGAGGGGAGGAUGAGCCCUCUGGCAGUCAUCCAGUCCAAUAGCUGCCAAGUAUAUCUGCUGAUUCAUCUGAGGGAAAAGCAACUGCAUGAGUACAAGAUGUUGGGGAGUCAUGGCUAGAGAGCAGUUUGAGCCCCUAAGAUGGGGGGUUCCUUGAACUGCAGGCUCAACAUGAGACCAUGUACCAGCCAAAAAUGCUAAUGGAACUCUUGGCCAAAUGAAGGGAGGUGAAAGUAGAGGAAGAAGGAGGUGGUAGCCAUCCACAUUCUGCUGCCUUCAUCUUGGGGGGGGGCACAGUUCAAAAACAAUAUUGAUAAACUGGGGAAUAGAAGAGUCCCCAACUGGCCUUGAGUCUAUGUGUCUCAUGAGCAACACUUGAAGGGAGGGGGAAUAUUUAGCUUGGAGAAGAGAAGACAAGGGAUGUGGUAGCUGAGCUUUAUUGGGAGCCCAGCUCAGAUAGCUGGGUUUCCAUUAGUAUGUGAAGGGCUAGAACGUGGAAGAGGGACCAGACAUGUUUUAUUUGUCCCUGGAGGGAAGAAACAGGAACAAAGUUUGGAAAGUGCAAAGAGAAACAUUUUAGGAUUCUUGUCAGGGGAAAGAGCUACCACUUCCCAACUGGGAGAAUUUAACCCUUUGAGAUCUGGAACCAUUGCCUUGUCCCCAGUCCCCAUUGGUGGCUCUCUAAAGUGGACCAUCAUAUCUAGCCUGUUUAACUAUGUUUAAUUUUACUUCCAGCAGUCUUCUCACCAGUUGUCUUGCUGCCAUGCACAUUCUUUCCUUCUCCCUGCAGCCUCCUGGUUCUAGAGCCAUAAUCAAGUUAAUCCUACUGAUUCUCCUGGACAGCAUGUGCCAAAUGUCUCCCCCAGGUCUCCGACACUUACUAGCUUCAUUUAUUCCUUCCAGUUUUCCUGUGAUUCAGCUGCAGCCCAUCGCCUUAUUGUGGGCAGAUUUUCUUCUCUCCUGUUCAUUGAAGGUCAGGGCUGUGGUGCUCUCCCCUUCUCUCCAGCUCAGCUCAAAUAUCACUGGUCAUGGCUCAGCAGCCACAUCGCUGAGCUCCUUCAGACUGAAGGCUAAGCCUGCAAUUAUGCAUCCAGGGCUGCCAGGUGCCCUCCUAUUAGCUCUGGGCUAUUCAGUGUUCCAUUUUAAGCUAAUAUCAGGCUGAUAUAUACUUCAACUCAGUUCUGGCUGCACAGUCUUUGGGGAGGAAGAAAAGGCAUGGACUUUCCGGAGAGGAUAAAAGGCAGACUAGGGACUUUUUAGACAAUUUCUGUUGAUUUAGACAUUUUGCUUGAAGGAAGCAGCUUGGUAGAGUCAGGAAAUGCGAGUUCAAAUCCUGCCUCAGACUGUCUAACUUUGGGCAAGUCCCUCAAACACCUUGGGCUUCCGUUUCCUCAUUUAUAAAAGGAAGGGGUUGGUCUCAGUGGUCUCUAAGGCCCCCCUCCAGCUCUAACUUUGGGACCACACCAUCUUCUACGUCAGGGACAGUAUUUUAUGAUUUGAGGGAAUGUGCCUCCCUCUUGCCUAACCUGGGAGCGCUGCCUAAGCUGCUGAACCCAAAGAGAGGAAAGGUCUCCAUCUGCCUCAUUCUCUGUUAUGCAACUAGAAUGGAAAUGAAGCAAGAGCCCUGCAAGUUCUGCUGUCAGGGACAAACAGUCCUGCUUAUCUGCAGGCUGCUGCAUGUGUUGACCUACCUGGUGAUGGUGGGAGAUUAGCAGUAAUCAGGCUUGUUUUCAGUGUGCUCACUCACUGAGAUAAAGCCCAGGCAGCUGAUAAGCCAGGACUGGGCGCUGUGUGUUAGCCUUUUAGCAACAGCCUUGAACUCUGGGAGAAAAAUAGAUUAGUGAGAGGAAGCCUAGCGAGGCAGCCAGAGAGGAAGGACUGACUGCCUCAAGAGCAGCUCUCUGUCCAAUUGGGGGUCUGUCAGCUCUGCACCCCCGGCCAGGCUUGCCAUUCUGACCUUUGGAAGCACCAUCUUCAUGGCCAUCUCCAAGAACUCUUCACAAGAAGGAGAGAAUAGACCCACGAGAGGGCACAGCAGAGCAGGACCCUCCAGGAUGGGCACUGGGGUCUCUUCCCCACUCCUCCAUCCUCCUUGGAACAAACCAGGCAGAAAAGAGGACAGGCUUCCCCUGCAUGGCCGCGGUCUUUGGAAUGUCCUCUAGUUCCACUUACCCAGCCAGUGCCCUUCAUCAGGUGGUCAGCAGACUGCAGAAUAUCACCAUGCUCUAAAUCAGAGAGCAGGGCAUUGCGUGAUGCCUUCCCAGAAAUCAGCUCUACAGACUCUUCAGUACACAGAUUACCAUCCCUGAUCAUGGCACACAUCCCUAUUUCACAGUGAUUUUAGUAAUUCUCUAAUAGUCUCCUUACUUGAUUAAGAACUGAGCCAUCAACAAGCAUUUAUUUAGCACCUACUGUGUACCAGGCACCUACUAGUACCAGGAAGGCAAAGGCAAGUAUCUAACCGGGGACACAGUACAAAGGAACUCUCUACCAACAAGAUGGACAGCAUAAAUCAGGGGGAGUCUUGGAGGGAAGGCACAAGGAUGAAGGAGGACUGGGAAAGGCUUUCUAGUAGAAGGGGAGACUAUCUGAGACCCCAAGGAAGCCAGGAAGGGGAGAGAGCUCCAGGCAUUAGUGACACUCGCCUCGAGGGGAACCAGUCCUUGCAUUUUAGGCAUGAGUAGGAGCUCCCCUUCUAUCAUCUUUUUCAAGUGAGUCACAUAGAUAGAUUUCUUAAUUCAGAUCAGAUGCUCUCCUCUCUCCCUUUCUCUCUGCAUUCAUGCCGGACCCACUUGCCUGAGUAUGUUUAGCCAGUCCAAAGGAAUCUUAAAGUAUUCAAUCUGGGAAUGGAGGAACAAUCCCAGCAUGGCCUGCCCUCACCUUGACUGGUGGUCAUGGACACCUGAAUAGCCACUUCCUACAGGGAACCUGCCAUUGCACUUCCACAAAGCCCGGGAGUCAUCAAAUCCAUGAAAUACAGGGAAUCAGAAGCAGUUAAAUGGCUCAGUGAAUUUAGAGCCAAACUGAGAGAUGGAAGGUCCUGGAUUCAAAUUUUACCUCAGAUACUUUCCAGCUGUGUGGCCCUAGGAGAGUCACUUAAUCCCCAUUGUUUAACCUUUGCCUCUGCCUUGGAACCAUUACACAGUAUUGAUUCUGAAAGGGAAGGCAAGGGUUUAAAAAACAACAACACAAGGCAUCAAGCCCAGAAGUUCUCAUUGAAUUUGCCUGAAGGCUGGGCUGAGGGAAAACUCUAUUGGGACAACCCUAGAAUAUAGAGACAAAAAGGAAUGUUCCAGUUUAAUGUCCUCAUCUUACAGAGAAGGAAACUGAGGUCCAGAGGGAGAAGGAGCAGCAGAGGCAAAACUUAAAUCUAGAUGGUUUUCCUCCUCCUUUAGGGCUCCUUCCACAACUCUGUGCUUUGUGAGAAUCCAGAUUCAGGAUGAGCCAUAGGAAUUAGCACUUAAACAAAGAGAUAAGACAAAACUCUAAUGGAUUAGUGACCAUUUUGUAGACCUCCCUCCCCCGGACGGUUAUGUGUCCAGAAUGCCCUAAAUAAAUGUUGAUUAAAGUCAGUUAAAUAGGUUCUGUUGCAGCUUGUAUGACCCCGGAGCAAGUCUCUUAGCUACUCAGUGCCUCCAGGUCUCUCUAAGACAUCAAAGACGCCAAGGUCAUCUCCUGCAUCCCAAGCAUCACCAGUCAUCCGGACUUUUGGACUCAGAUGACUCUGGAAGAGAGAGGGAGGCUGGUAAGUGUGAAACUCUGCCUCACUUAAAGCCAUUUCAUGAGCAAAUCAAAAGAUAUCAUCCCAUGAUGUCAUCAGUCCUCUCUGAGCAUGAAGGACAACCAUCACCACCACCAUCACUACCAGCCAGCUAGGAAACCUGUGUAGUGAUUGGACCAUGAGACUUGGAGUCAAGCACACCUCGAUUCAAAGUCAGCUGCAGGCAUUUACUAACCAAGAUACCUGGUCCUGCCUUUGCCACUCGGACACUCAGCUUCCUCCUCAUUAAAAUGGGGAUAAUGACAGCAAAUGUCUCAUAGUGUUGUUGGAAUGACCAAAUGGGAUGAUCCAUGGGAGGUACUUCAUAAGCCGAGGAUAAAUGGGGAUCGCCAUGAUCAUUAUCAUCUCAUUUUUCUGGGCUUUUGGGUAGAAUUUGGGUAGAAAUGGCCCUGGGACAAAUCAUUAGCCUUAGUUUAUCUUUCAUAUUUAGCAUUCUACUAACUACUACAAGGUGGACAAAAGAACUGCUUCUGAUCGUUGAAAAAAAUGAUUAUGCUAAACUCAUCCUUUGAAGGUUGCUCAUAGGCAGGGAAGCCCUUGGGCUUUAUUCAACCCUUACCACAGGGGUUCUUAAGCUCUCCUGUCCCAAAACUUGUCAGUAAUGAAUUUUGGUAAUGAUGUCAACAAAAUCGGUUUCCUUUGGGACCCAAUAUAUUUUCUUUUAUUCAUUUAAAACCUAUUUUGAGAAGAAUUCCAGAGGCUUCAUCAUGUUGAUAAAAUAACCCAAAACUAAAAACCCAAUACUAAAAACAUCAGUGAUACACAAAAAAGUUAAUUUUUGAGACCAAUUCUGAGCACCUCACUCUAGAAACAGGAAAACUGAAGCCUAAAGGAGCUCCCUGAGGCCACUCCAAUCCCUGGGCUGAGAUUUGAACCCAAGUCCUCUGACUUCAGAUCUUUCACUAUGCUUCAAUAUCUCCAGUGGAAUAGAGAAGGAAGAGGGGCUGUUUUGUUCAUGCUUUUUGCCAUUGUUCUCAUGUAGGCUCUUUUAGUGGAGAAAAAAAUUCAUUUGAGGCUCAUUCCUCAAGGCUUUUUCCACGGCCAUGAAACCUUUGUUUUUUAGUUUAAUUUUUUCAGUUACACAGAGAAAUAAAUUUUAACAAUCGUUAUCUGACUUUCUGCUAGCCAGAUUCUUCCUCGCUUCUCCCUGAGUUAAUAAAUAAUCUGAUAUUAGCUAUGCUAGCAGCUGUCAUACAAUACAUAUUGCCAUGUUCCUCCUGCCUUAAAGGUAAAUUUAUAUCAUAUGUACCAGAAGAAACUCAUGACGGAAAUAAAGUGAAAGAUGGAAUGCUUUGAUCUGCAUUCAGAUUCCAAUAAUUCUUUCUAUGGCCCAGAAAGACUUUUUCCUUUGGAUUUAUUGCUGAAUCCUGUGUUACUGUUAGAUGUUCACAGCUGAUUAUCAUAUAAUGGCUGCUCCUGCAAAUCCUGUUCUCCUGGUUCUGCGCACUUUCCUUUGCGUCGGUUCAUAGGAGUCUCUCCAGGCUUUUCUGAACUCCUCCUAUUUGUCAUUCCUUAUGGCAUAAUAGUAUUCCAUUAUAACCAUAAACCAGAGCUUGUUCAGUCCUUGCCCAACUGCCGGACAUCCCUUCAGUUUCCACUUCCUUGUGACUACAAGAAGAACUGCUAUCAAUAUCUUUGUACUCAUCCAUCCCAUUCCUUUUUCUUUGAUCUCUUUGGAUACAGGUCUAGUAGAGCUCUUGCCAGGUCAAAGGGUGUGCCCAGUUUUAUGGCUUCAGAUUGUCCUCCAGAAUGGGCAUUUCAGUUCACAGCUCCACCAACAGUGUUGGUUGGACAUGCAUCCAACUUACAUGCUUGUAGUCAUUGCAUGUAUUAUUUUUUUGAUUCUACAUCAGUUGAUGGAAAUCUUUCAAGACUUCUCUGUAUCCAUCACAUCCAUUAUUUCUUAUAGCACAGGAAUAUUCCAUUACCUUGUUUAAUAGGAUUUCUCUCUCUCUAAUUGACUUUUGAAUUUUAUUGGCUUAGAAGACUUUGAAUAAUAGUACAUCUGCCAUAAUCAAACAUAGAUGGGAGGUAAAGAGACCCAAUUCAAAAGAAAGAUGAAGAUAUAUGCGUGUAAAUUUCAAUAAUUUUUCAGCCAGUCUGAGAUCUCAUCAGUAUGGAUAUUUCCUCUUGUGUAAGUCUUUAUUAAUGUAGUACGUGGACUUUCCAUCUUCAUCAUCAUCAUCCUCAUGCCUUCCAUCUGUGUCCCUCUUCCAAUAUCAGGAAUGGCUUCUAUGUUGUUUAUUUCAAUACACUUACAAAACUUCAGUUGGCAUUUUAAAGAACUAAAUAAAGUUUCCUUUGAAGAAGAAUUAAUGACGUGCUUGGUGAGAAGGGGCCCCCAGGGACAAGCCUAUGAAGUGUAAUCCAUGAUAGAAAUAGCCAGAUUUCUCUUCAAAGAAGAAGAAAUAUGAGAAGAUAGUUUUCUACCCUGCCUCCAAAUUCUUUGCAGACAUGAAGAACCAUGUGUGUGACCCACAACAUAUAAUAUCAUUUUUGAUAAUUGUUUAAUUUUAAAAAUAAAUAAUAGUUCUCAGGAGGAAACUGAGGAAGGACACAGUAGGAAAUAUAGGUUAUACAAAACAAAAAAAUUCUUAAAAUUUAUUUUUAAAAAUUAAAUGAUAAAAAUGAGAUAAACGCUUUCUAUCACCACCAGGCAACAAAAUGGCAAAACUCCAAAGAAUGUGAACAAUUCUGAAAAUGUUUUCCCUUACAUUAAAUCACAGAGCAUUCAUUUAUAACUAUGUCUGUUGUCACUAAACUUUAUGCCCUUGGAAGCCAUCCCAAAGGAAUUUAACAUAUUUAAAAUCAACUUCUCUAGAAUGUGAUAUGCACAGACACACACGUGGAACUGGCCAAUUCAUGACAUGAAUUAGAGAACAAAGAUUCAGCAACUGGAACCAAUUCCUGCUGUUCUGACCCAGAAGGGAAUCUCCCUAAAGAUGUUUUCUCCAUCCCUGGAUAGGAGCUAUUAGGCUUAACUGAAAUGAGAAUGGCUCCAUGUGGCUGCCUUUGUACUUUCUCCGAGAUCACCUUCUGGGUCACCUGGUCCCUUGGCAGCUCCAAAUCACAAGGACAAAGAUACACAGGGACACACAAAUUUGCUUUCCAACACACCUAAUAUAGGAAGGAUAUGUGGGGAAUAGUGUCCGAAGUGUAGCUUUCCUUUUUGACAAGCUUUCAACUAUCACCAAUAAUCAGAACAAUAUGAGUCCACAUCGAUAGAGUGCCCCAAAAUAAGUGGGUUUUUUUUUCAUCUGUGCUGAAGAACAUUUAGAAACCCAGUUUUCAGAAUUAAGCAGCUACUUGCAAUUUUCCAAGUACCUUCAGAGUCUCUGAAUGGUAACAUGCUUCUAUUUGGAUUCUCAGGUAUGGCUUAAAGUCAUUCUGAGAUGUAAGAGGAAAAGAAAAUUGUUGGAUGUCUCAAUUGGAUCUAGGAAAGGGCUCAUUGGGUCUGCUUCUCCAAUAUUAGGACAGACAAAGAAGAGAUCAUUGGGAUGAUGCCUUGGGGGCUCCUUUUUGAAAGGCUUGCAUUUUUUCCAGAUCCCAGCAUUAAUAAUUCAAAUUUAAUUGUUACCUGAUACAUAGACAAGCUCUGACCAUAGAAACCCUACCUCCAAACCACACCAUCCAUCCCCCCACUUUGGGCAAUGUAGUCUAGAAAGCUUUGGAUCGAUGGCAUCACCCUAGCAAGAUACUGUAGAGCUUGGUCCAAUUGAACUAGCAUGCUUACUGCCAGACAAAUACUGCGCUUGGUACUAGAAAUAGAAAGACUGAAGUGAAACAGUGCCUGACUUCAAGGAGUUUACAUUCACCUGGGGAUGCUGAGCCUGCAUCAUCUCCCAGAUCUAACCUUCUUUCAUCUAGAAACACACACACACACACUCACUCACUGAUUCCAUAUUUCUAAGCUGCAUUCAAAUAGUCAGAAUGAUACCUGUUAACUGGACUUAUGCAGCAGCAUAAGUGAGAUCCUGAUCUCCAGGCUGCCUCUACAUCCUCAGGGCUCUGUCAGAUACUUCAGGAAGUCCUGGUCCUCUGGAGAGCUGCAAAUUGUGCAGAAGAAAUUACAAGGCUUAAAGAAGCCGAAUAAUAGCUUCAAUGUUUAGUUCAAACUUAUUUGCUUGUCAGUCAAAGUCCCCCACUGGCCAACCCAUCCUACUUUUUCAGUCGUAUUUCUUACUGCUCCUAUCCAGGUGCUUGUCGUGCCUUAGAAAAACUGAGCGAUUCACCCUGAACUUUCCUACCUUUCUGUUUUCACCCAGGCUGUUCUCUGUGUUUGGAAUAGGAGUUGUUUCACUCAUUGCAUUUGAAUUCCCAGUUUCUGGAGUAAUAACAUCAUAGUAAAUUUCAUGUUGGUUGAUGGAUCAAUGAAUUGAUUGAUUGAUUGGAAUGUCCUCCCUCCGAUCUGAUCAAUGUAAUCUCUAUUCACUCUUCCAGGUUCCACUUCAAUGUCAUCUUGACUGGGUAGCUUUCCCUAUGACUCUAUUUAAUAACGAGUCUUCCAUCGUUGGACCUGUAAAGGUCCCAGCAUGCUGCAGUGGCUGGCACAACGGACCUCCAUCAGGAAGCUGUGGGUUUAUAGCUUAUCUCGGACCCAGGCAAACAUGACCUCCUCAGCACUCACACAGCCAUCAGCCCUAUCUCUCCCUCCUGACAACUGAGUGUUUUGUGCUGGUCUGUGGUCCUCAGGACUUAGCACAUUGCCUGGCACAUCAGUAGGUACUAAGUAAAUGUUGACUGAUUGAUGUUGUAGGGUUUGUUACAGAUUGUGCUGAAGGGAUAAAGUUCCUACUUCUUAAAAUAAAAUAAAAAGCCAACAAGCUCUUAUUCUGUAUGGAAAGUCCCGAGUGAGGGAAUCAGGGCUAGCUGGUACAGAUGCAGGGGGCAUUGUGUACCUCUGUUUCAUUCAAAAAGUAGGUCAAGCACCUUUCUCUAGAAGGAUUUUUUUUCCUUUCUUCCUCCCUCGAGUAUUGCCUUUCCCCCCUAAAAACAUUAUAUUUAUUUUUACAUAAAAUGCAUUCAUUUAUUUGCUA